UCUGCGCGUCAACUGAGAGCAGCAAUUUCUCCUUCUAUUCGUCAGCAAAAUUAGUUUCAUCUGCGGUUGUAAAGUGCGUAAAGUUUUAUCUCCAAGUGGAUCACUGCGUUAAUUACCUUGUGCACUGUAUGUAAUAGUUGGGGACCGUUUAAGUUUUGCGAACUUAACAGCGACAUAAGUAAAGCGAGUCUUUGCUGAUGAUGGUAGUGGUGAUACUUGCUGAUUGCUGCUUCAGAUGAUGGUGCGAAGCAAGUAACCAACAGUGCGUUUUCGAACGGUUCGUAACUCGUAACGUGACGCUGUGGAAUUUCAUUCAUCAAUCAGUGACACGAGCGCGAAGGUGGCUGCUGACCAAACUCAUCGAGGGUAUUACGCCUCAGGGGGAGCAAUAUUCUAGCGUGAAAAGCAGCAGAAAGAAGAUGAAGCGGCGUAUGUAAACAAAAGUGAUGAGGUGGGCAAGACGUUAGUGGAUUAUCGACUUGUGUGCUUCUGUUAGUGUAAGGAUUGAACGGAAAAAUACGAAAACAUGUUUCCGCACUUGUUGCUGCUUUUGGUUGGUUUCGUUCUGCUCCGUGUACUGUAUUUGAUAGUGGUCAUACGAAACAAUUCGAAGCGUGAUGUGAGUCAUAUAACUGGUAAACGAAAAGGUCCUACCAGGACAAUGAUUGUGAUGGGAUCUGGUGGACAUACUGCGGAAAUGUUGCAGAUUGUGCAACAGCUGGAUUUCGCAAAGUAUGCCCCCAGACAGUACGUACUUGCCGCUGCGGAUAAAACUAGUGUCGUGAAGGUCAUUGAUGUGGAAGUCCGCCGGCAACCCGAUAUAGCCAAACAGGAAUACGAAAUCCUUACAAUAACUCGAAGCCGUCAUGUCCAACAGAGCUAUCUUACCUCAGUGUUCACCACCUUAACGGCAAUUGCGAAUAGUGUCCCGUUGGUUUUCCGUUCCCGGCCAGAUCUGAUUCUAACCAACGGACCCGGAACUUGCGUUCCCAUUUGUCUGGUGGCCUUUCUGGCCAAGGUGCUUUUCAUCAACCGUAACUGUAAGAUUGUGUUCGUUGAGAGUUUCUGCCGUGUGAAAAGUCUUUCGCUUAGUGGACGAAUUCUACUCUGGAUAACCGAUCUGUUUGUGGUGCAGUGGCCCGGGCUGGCCAGCGAGGGCAUCACCCGGAAGGUGCAAUACUUUGGCCGUCUGUCCGAAUAGACUGCCGUACAAUGUUUCGGCAACGGAAACGCAUAUCCCAUCCAUUCAACACGUCUAACCCAAAAAGUGCGAAAUUGUGCGCGCCUUUGUGUGCUAGUGAGCUCUUUACAGAGAAGAACAAGAACGAGUGGUCAAGUGAAAACUGAGUGUGAAUCUUUAUAAUUAUUAAAUAUCUGGUUACAAAUAAGCGAAUUAGAUUUAACUUAGUGCUGGUAUAUGUUUGUUUUUUUUUGUAUUGUACUUUUAUAAAUAAUUUAUAGUAUGAAUUCAAUAACAC